CCGCGUGAGUUCCCCACUGGCUGCUCGGAAAAGCCAUCUUUGCAUUGUUCCCGGGUUCUGCUCUCGGCUCUCCGCAGCCGCCUCCGCCGCCGCGGACUCGGGCAGCUCCUCGCCUCAGGCCCCCCCUCCCAGCAACGCUCGCUUUCUCUCUUGCAUCCGCUGCUUCGGAUCACCGGCGUGCCCCACCAUGUCAGACGCGGCUGUGGACACCAGCUCUGAGAUCACCACCAAGGACUUGAAGGAGAAGAAGGAAGUGGUGGAGGAGGCGGAGAAUGGGAGAGACGCCCCCGCCAACGGCAACGCCAACGAGGAGAAUGGGGAGCAGGAGGUCGACAACGAGGUAGACGAAGAAGAGGAAGAGGGCGGGGAGGAAGAGGAGGAGGAGGAGGAAGGCGAUGGCGAGGAGGAGGACGGGGACGAGGACGAGGAGGCCGAGGCCACCACGAUCAAGCGGGCAGCUGAAGACGAUGAGGAUGACGACGUGGACGCCAAGAAGCAGAAGACCGAGGAGGAUGACUAGACAGCAAGACAGGCAAAGGCAGAGUUACAGAAAAGGCCGCCGUGACCUAUUCACCCUCCACUUCCCGUCUCAGAAUCUAACGUGGUCACCUUCGAGUAGAGCGCCGGCCGCCCCCUGGGCAGUGCCACCGCGCCCGCCACCACCCCACCAAAACCACAAUGCGAAUUUGCAAACAGCGGAGGAAAAAAAAAAGCAAACCAAAACUCCCGAGGCCCUGCUUUCUUUCUUAAAAGUACUUUAAAAAGGAAAAUUUGUUUGUAUUUUUUAUUUACAUUUUAUAUUUUUGUACAUAUUGUUCGGGGUCAGCCGUUUUCCAUGAUCUCCGGUGACCAGACCAGCCUUGGAGCGUUCUGUCCUGCUUCUGACUUUACUUGUGGUGUGACCAUGUUCAUUAUAAUCUCAAAGGAGAAAAAAAACCUUGUAAAAAAAGCAAAAACAACAACAAAAAACACAAUCUUAUUCCGAGCAUUCCAGUAACUUUUUUUGUGUAUGUACUUAGCUGUACUAUAAGUAGUUGGUUUGUAUGAGAUGGUUAAAAAGGCCAAAGAUAAAAGGUUUCUUUUUUUCCUUUUUUUUUUUUUUGUCUAUGAAGUUGCUGUUAAUUUUUUUUGGCCUGUUUGAUGUAUGUGUGAAAACAUGUUGUCCACAAUAAACAGGAAUUUUAUUUUGCUGAGUUGUUCUAACAAA